AUGGGGAAGCUCUUGUACCUGGAGUAUCGUUUCUUUAAGACAUGCAUGCCUGCGUCAUUCACUUACUUCACUUCGUCACGCAGUCGUUUUUAUCACCUGCCAUCGUCCGAGAAAAGAGGCUGGGAUGCAGAUGGAAAAGGCCCUAGUGUCUGGGACACAUUCACCCAUCAGGGAGGAGAGAGAGUUUUCCAGAACCAGACUGGCGAUGUAGCUUGUGGCAGCUACACUCUGUGGGAGGAAGAUUUGAAAUGUAUCAAACAGCUUGGAUUGACUCAUUACCGCUUCUCUCUUUCCUGGUCACGUCUGUUACCUGAUGGGACGACAGGUUUCAUCAACCAGAAAGGAGUAGACUAUUACAACAAGAUCAUUGAUGAUUUGUUAACUAAUGGGAUAAUACCCAUAGUGACACUCUACCACUUUGACUUGCCUCAGGCCUUAGAAGAUAAAGGAGGUUGGUUGUCAGAGGCAAUCAUUGAAUCCUUUGACAAAUAUGCCCGGUUUUGCUUCAGUACUUUUGGAGAUCGAGUCAAGCAGUGGAUCACCAUAAAUGAGCCUAACAUACUUGCCCUGCUGGCAUAUGAUCUUGGUCUGUUUCCUCCUGGGGUAUCUCGCUUUGGAACUGGAGGUUAUCAGGCAGCUUAUAAUUUGAUUAGAGCUCAUGCCAGAUCCUGGCACAGCUAUGACUCUUUAUUCCGAAAAGAGCAGAAGGGCAUGGUGUCCCUAGCAAUUUUUGCUGGCUGGGUGGAACCAGCAGAUCCCAACUCAGUGUCUGACCAGGAAGCUGCUAAAAGAGCCAUUGCUUUCUCCUUGGAUUUGUUUGCUAAACCUAUAUUUAUUGACGGUGAUUAUCCAGAAGUUGUCAAGUCUCAGAUUGCCUUCAUGAGUAAAAAGCAAGGCUAUCCAUCAUCAAGGCUUCCAGAGUUUACAGAUGAAGAGAAGAGAAUGAUUAAGGGCACUGCUGAUUUCUUUGCUGUGCAAUAUUAUACAACUCGUUUAGUCAAGUACCAGGGGAACAAGAAAAAAGAGCUGAGUUUUCUUCAGGAUGUGGAGAUUCAAAUUUUUCCAGACUCAUCUUGGAUAAAUUUUGAUUGGGUCUAUGUGGUGCCGUGGGGAAUACGUAAACUACUGAAAUAUAUUAAGGAUACGUAUAAUAACCCUGUAAUUUACAUCACUGAGAAUGGGUUUCCCCAGGGUGACCCUGCAUCUCUUGAUGACACUCAGCGCUGGGAGUAUUUCAGACAGACAUUUCAGGAACUGCUCAAAGCUAUCCAGCUUGAUAAAGUCAAUCUUAAAUUAUAUUGUGCGUGGUCUCUUCUGGAUAACUUUGAGUGGAACCAAGGGUACAGUAGCCGGUUUGGUCUCUUCCAUGUUGAUUUUGAGGAUCCUGCUAGACCUCGAGUCCCUUACACAUCAGCCAAGGAGUAUGCCAAGAUCAUCCGGAACAAUGGACUAAAGGAAAGUCAGUAAAAGAUGGCUGUCCCAUGUCUGCUGGAGAAGAGGCCUCUGCUUUUGGGAAGGAAGUCUGCUUUGGUGAUCCUUCAGACAAUCUCAAGUUGCCUUUGUAAUCAUCUCCUACCAGCUGACCCAUGAUUAUGAAGUCUGAAUAUGUAAUACCUGGGGAUGUAUUUAAUGAUGGCCUUUACUCUAUUUGCAUGUGGAUCAAUGAGGCUUUAAAAAAAAUAGAAUAGAAAACCACUGAAACUGAUUUUUAUAUUAAGAAAUCAGACUGGGAAACUCCCAUUUAAAUCCUUAGAAUUUUUCUAGAAACAAUAAUGCAAAAUUUAUAAAGAUAGUAUGCUCAUGAUUUGCAGCUCUGACAUCAGGACCACUUAUUAUAAGAAUACUUGUUUACGAGCCUGGUUUCUCUGGUUAUGUCGGUUAUUGUUUGCUUUGUAGAUUCUUUUUCAUGUGGCCCAUAAUUUUUCUACUGUUUAAUCUAGUAUAAAAAAAAUCAAAAUCAAAAUUAAAAGUUAGUCACAUUACAUAGUUAUGCAUUCUCUUCAACAAAGGGAUUAAUUGAUAACAUUUAAUAAAACGGAUUUGUUGA